AUGCUGAAAGGCCAACCGUACGGCACUGCCACCGACAUUUGGUCCCUCGGAAAUGUCCUGUGGGAGCUGUUUACAGGCAUGCUUUUGCAUCGCGAAAUGGAUGCGAACCCAUGCAAGUACAACAUCCGAAUCAACGUUCGAUCGGUACACCAGAGAUUUGCGCUAAGCCACGCAGUCGAAGACAUGCUUUCGCAAAAGGACGACGUAAGGCCCAGCACGAGCGAUCUCUUUAGCGAUCCGGGUAUCCUUGAAACACUCUCCCAGCUCUGGCGCCAGGAUAUCAGCCUUUGUCUGGGAGGCAGUGGUCCUUCCAGGGCAAAUAGAGCUUCAUUGUCUCCGAUGGAUAAAGGUCGUGACGGUCGCAUUAAUCGAAAACCGCAGUAUGAGACAGCUGUCUCCUCUCCCGUCAUGGAGGGAAGCAGAACUUCAAGAGACGAGUCAGUUCCUGUUUUCAGCUUCAGGCGCAUCAAGCUUGGAUGA